AUGUCAACAGAAGACAAGGCUAUGACGGCUCAUGUGGAACAGCCUUCCCCAGAGGAGCAGAAGAUCGAAGAACAGAAGCACCUUGCAAAUCAUGCCGUCGACCUUUAUGAUUCCGAGGGGAUCCGACUGAUUCCAUCCCCAUCUAAUGACCCAAACGAUCCCUUGAGAGUCCCGCCAUGGCGCAAGAAUAUGGUUAUCCUAGCGCUCUGUUUUUAUACCGCGGGCUGUUUGGCUGCCACCACCAGUCUUUCACCGAUAAUUCCUACAUUGAUUCAGUAUUACGGCGCAUUUGGCGGUGCAUCCCACCCGUCUGCGCAAAAUGUGAUGAAUCUGGGAACUUAUCCAACUCUCUUUGGAGGGAUUGGAGCUAUUAUUACCAUCCUGGCGGCUCGAUGGAUAGGAACACGGCCCGUUCUUAUCCUCAGCUCAGUGUUACUAUUCUUUGCUACCCUUUGGUCGGCUGUCUCUCAAGGCAAAGACCGUGGACUGUAUUCAAAUAUUGCCGCUCGCUGCUUCGUUGGUCUUGGCACAGGUGCCUACGAGUCCGUGGUCCCUUUGAUACUCCAGGAUAUCAAUUUCAUCCACCAGCGGAACAGAGCAUUGGGAUUUGUUUUGGGAUCAGGAGGUAUGGCUGGCGCAGUUUUCGGUGCUUUGUCAACAUACAUCGUUGCGGGACUUGGGUGGAGGUCACUCUUCUGGAUCAUUAACAUUAUAACCGGGAUCGGUGUGAUCAUGAUUAUCCUGUUUGUGCCUGAAACCACCUGGCCUCGGAGAAUAUCGGACUUGACUGGGACGUCUGAGCGAAAUGCAGACGGAUUUGUGCCAUCGGUGCGUCCCCCACAGCCUCCAACACCAUAUCUACACAGUCUCCGCCUAUUCUCCGGGCGUGGUAGUGGUUUAUCAGCCUGGUGUACGGCGAAAGAUCUGGUCCGAUCUGCCACAUUUCCCAAUGUUAUCUGGAUUGUCUUAUUGAAUGCAUGCAUGAGUGGUACGACAGUUGCUUCGACACUGGUGAUUAGCACUAUACUCCAGGGCCCGUACCAUUGGGCGGCCCGAAACGUUGGCCUUUCCAUGCUUUCUAUCGCAAUGGGGGCUCUUCUGACGAUACCAGUCACUGGGGUUGUGGGAGACGCCGUCAUCAAAUUUGUUGCCAAAAAGAAGAGAGUUCACCUGCCCGAGCAUCAGCUGAUUAACCUAAUCCUCCCGGUUGUGGUCGGUUUGAUUGGGACCAUCGGCUACGGCGUUGUAGCUGCGAGACCAGAUAAAUACCAUUGGAUGGUGCUGCUGGCGAUGAUGACAUUUCAAUUCUUUGCCUCCAGCUCAAUCAACAUCCUUUCCACUACCUACGCCAUCGAGUGCUACCCUGAUCUAGCUGGUGUGAUGGUAAUUGUCUGCGGAGCUUACCGAAAUAUUGUCGGGUUUGGUUUGACUUAUGGAGCCCAGGGCUUCAUUAACGCUGCUGGUGCACUAGGAUGUUUUGGUACAUAUGCUGGGAUCUUGGGUGUCCUUGGUCUCUCAGGAAUUCUCUUCUAUUUCAUGGGACCGGCGGUGCGGCUUCAUGUCAACUCUUGGAAAUUCCGACGGUCUGCAUUUGUUGACGACGACAUGGGAAUAUGA